CUAGCAAGUGCCGUCCUCAUUACGAGACGGUGUUCCUGAAGCCAAAAUACAUUUUUUUCCCCCCCCCUCUCCUUGAUCAGAGCCAGCUCUUAGGGAAAAAUCAAGCUGUGCCCUGUAUCGGAUUGUAAAUAAGAAUAGCUGAAAGGCCGUAUAAGACCUCAUUGCCACGUCGGUGUGUGUGUGUGUGCACGCACGACUUGUUUGCACCACUUAAAUGACGGAUAUGAAGAAGACUAAAGACUUAACUGUGGAAGCGGACGAGGCUAAAGUGGACAGUGACAUGGUCAGGACUGUCACCAGCCCAAAGGGUGAGGGUGAUACCCCUGCGGGUAAGGAUACAAGUGGAGAAUGAACGUGGUUUCCAGGGAAGCAGGCACUGCAAAAUCUGUGGCCGGGAGUUAUUGCGUGAAGAACGGGAGUGGUAUUAUAGAUGUGUUGCACUUAUACUGCGAGCACUUCCAUCGCAAAGCAGCAAGAGAUUUCUGCAUCCUUAUUGACUACAGUGGUGGCGCGUCCAUGGCUGUUGAGACCAGCUCGGCGGAAGAUUCUGGUGCUGCAAGCGGGACCUUGCCGGGCAAGAGACAGCCCCCGGGAGGCGUCAGCGUCGUUGGCGCGGAGCCGUCGGACGGGGAGGAUGGGAGUUCUAUGCUGGAAGAAGGGGAGGUGGCAUGGGCCGAGGAGCUGGCCUACCACUGUCAGAGCUGCCAGAAGUGGACUGUGGCGAGUCAGCUGAAAGGGGAUCCACCCAGUCACCUGAAGGGAGACAACUUCUUCAAGUUCUGCUGUGUUGACUGCUCGCCAGAUGGACGCGAGACCUUUGAGAGAAUGAAACUGACCUGGCAACAGGUUGUGAUGCUGGCUAUGUACAAUCUGUCACUGGAAGGUAGUGGCCGUCAAGGCUUCUUCCGUUGGAAGGAAGACAUCUGUGCGAUCAUCGACAAGUACUGGACGCUUCUCCUGGGAAACAGGAAGAAGACGAGCACCUGGUGGAGCACAGUGGCCGGUUGCCUCUCGGUCGGCUCGCCCAUGCACUUCCGCUCGGGGGCGCAGCAGUUCGGCGAGCCGGGAUGGUGGAAGCUGGCGCGCACCAAGCCUCCCUCGCUCCGGCCAGAACUGGAGAGCGUCCAAGCGCCUGGCGGGCAGCGCGGCCGAGGUGCCAGCAAGCAGAGCGCGGAGCCGGCGGCGCGCGUGGACAGCCUGCGGAAGCGUUCGGCUCGCAACGCCGUCGAGUCGGCCAUGGAGCUCAAGGAAAAGCGACUGCGCACUACCGAGGCCAAGGACAUGCGACGGGCCCAGCGCGAGGGUGCCGUCUCCCCGACUUCCAUUCCGCCGGCCCGCGCCACCCCACGCUCCCGACGUGCCGGCGGCUCGGCCGUUUCCUCCGAGGGCGGAGGCGGCGCCGGCGGCGGCGGCGGUGCCACCGUGGGGUUGGAGCGCGGCGAGGUUCUGGACCACUCUUCGCUGCUCUCGUGCGACAACGCCGGGGUUGGCGGUGGGGGCAGCAGCACGACGCCGUUCGGCAGCCCAGCGCCAUCCCCGGGGCCAGAGCUGUCAUCGUCGUCGGCGCCGGGCACGCCCCGCUCGCACGCGGCGACGCCGAGCCUCUUCUCGGCGGCCGACCUCGUGCCAGACGUGAUGCCCCCACAGGCGCUACUGCACGGGGACGACGAGGACAUGGAGCUGGACGCCGUCAUCGACCCGGGCGUGGAGUUCGUUCCCACCGUGAAGCCCGUGGCGCUUCGCCUCGCCGAGGAGGGCGGAGCCGCCAGGGUGGAGCGCGUGCGUGAGCCCGAGCUGGAGCCCAAGACAGAGGUGGAGGCCGAGGAGGAGGAGGAGGAGGAGGAGGCGGUGGCGGUGGGGGGGAAGCCGGUCGGCGACGCUCCGGCGGCCGUCGCCGUGGCGCGCGCAAGGGAGCACGCCAAGGUGGAGCGCGAAGAUGAACCCGCGCCCGCUCCCAGAAUGAUUUCGCUGAGCCUGUACGAGGAGAAGCUUCUGCUGCGCAGCCUCACCGGCUUCCCACGCGCACUGGCCGCGAGUUCGGAGGCGCGUCGCCUGCGGCGCAAGCUGCUCGUGCGCCAGGCCAAGCGGGAGCGCGGGCUGCCGCUCUUCGACCUGGACCGCGCCGUCGAGAGGGCGCUGGCGCUUGUGCUGACGGGCGACGGGCGCGAGGAGGCGCCGAGCUGCCAGGAGGUGGCGCUCUCUGCCGCCGGCCUGCACGUCUACCGCACGACGAGCAGCGACUUCCGCGUGCUCGAUCGCUACCAGACAAGUUUCCCGGCGCUGCAGGUGUGGAGGCAGGAGCCCACGCACUUCCUGCAGCGCCUCGUUGGCAGCGGCGACGCUUUCCUGAACCGCAGCAUCAUCAGCCCUUACACGUCGCGCGUGCUCAAACCAUACAUCAGGCGAGACAUUGAGUCGAAGCCCCUCAAGGUAAAGCUCCUGGCAGAGAUCAGGGCGUUCCCUCAUCGCCACGACCCCACGUGGACCCCUGAGCCGGACGUGCCCAUCGACUACUGCUAUGUGCGGCCCAACCACAUCCCCACCAUCAACUCCAUGUGCCGCCAAUUCUUCUGGCCCGGCAUAGACCUGUCCGAGUGCCUGCAGUACCCGGACUUCAGCGUUGUGGUCCUCUACAAGAAAGUGAUCGUUGGGUUCGGCUUCAUGGUUCCCGACGUCAAGUACAACGAGGCGUACGUGUCCUUCCUGCUGGUGCACCCAGAGUGGCGCGGCGCCGGCAUCGGCACAUUCAUGAUCUACCACCUCAUACAGACAUGCAUGGGUAAGGACAUCACCCUGCACGUAUCGGCCAGCAACCCUGCAAUGCUGCUGUAUCAGCGGUUUGGCUUCAAGGCCGAGGAGUACAUCCUAGACUUCUAUGACAAGUAUUACCCGCUGGACAGCAAAGAGUGCAAGCAUGCCUUCCUGCUGCGCCUGCGCAGAUGACCGCGCCGCUUGGCGUUUGUGUGCGAGGGUCGAGUCGGUCUGUUGCGUGCAAAAGAUGUAAGCUCAAUGUGUGCCCCCCUUUAGUAUGUAUGGAAGGUGAGUUUACUGGAGAUGUGUAUAUAGUUCAAUAGAAUCACAGACGUGUAGAAUAUGACUUUGUUAUUUGCAAGUUUUUUUCUUUUAUUUUACUAUGAUGGGGUAAUCUACACGUGUCAUUAGCCAAGAAGUCAUUGUAACGACGAUGUUAAAGUACAAGGGCCAUGCAUGUUUUCUUGUACAGAUUAUGCCACCAUUUUCACUGCCCUGAAAUGAAUAUACUUUUUUACUCCAUU